AUGUCGAAGGAAAAACUUAAAUUCAAAAUAUCGGGGAAAAAUGUUGUUUACGAAGGUAAGCCUGAGACUCGCGUCAAGGAUCUAAUGGAUAUUCUGGCGAAGAUGGGAGUCAGUGAGGAAAUCGUAAUACCAACUUUCCGUGAGAAUAUUAAGGAUGAAGGAAAGUACACCAACGAGCAGAUCAAGGACCUUUUCAAAAACGCUGUUCAGUUGCGUCUAAAAAAAAAAGGGAAACCUGCAGAUAAAGUUGGUCUGAGCAAAAGCAGCCCUGCCACAGAUGAGAGUGAGAAGCCUCAGAAGAUCACAUUCAACUAUAAAGGAAAGGCCUUUUCCUACGAGGGCUUGCCUAGUGGCAAGCAAAACGCCCUCAUCCAGCUUCUCGCGAAGCAAGAGGACAUCACACCAGACGCCGCGGUCGAGGCGUUUCGCCAAAAUAUAAAAGAUGAUGGGGAUUACACCGACGAGCAGAUUUGGGGUAUGGUAACGGAGCGCAUCCAAUCUCGUCAGACGCAGAACGGCAUUGUCAAGGAAUCUGAGUUGCCACUUCCUACCUCUGACGAAAAUGUUUCCAGCGGAUACGGUGCAAUCGAUGAAUUGGUUGGUAUGUCAUCAAAGGAAAAGGAGGAUCUUAACAACUUCAUCAAACAGGUACUUCAGGAACCACCGAGCGACGUUGCGGCUCUUAUUUCCAAUAAUCCGCAUCUCGGGGGUGAGAACGCCGACGGUGACCAUCAUGUAACAUCACGAAUAGCAGGGAAAAUUCCAGUGUACUGCCAGGAAAAUGAUACUUCUACAAAGAAACUUGUCCAUAUUACUCCUGAUAUUACCUUUUCUGAAUUUAACGGUAUUAUCGAAAAAAAAUUUGGCUAUAAAGUGUCUCUUUCGUUUAUGGAAGGCGAAGAUAUGAUCAUUCUUGACGAUGACGACGUGUUGUCCAUGUUUUUGGAAAUGCAGGCUGACGGAAAGAAGCUUAACCUCAUCGUUUCCAAGUACAUUCAGCGCGUGGGCAGCGAAAUACACUGCAAACAAAUGCCACUAUCGUCGACCACGACGUUCUCAUUAAACACAGAGCCGGAGUUCUCUAACGGUGAACUCUGCAUCCAAAAUGUCAGCACAUUCACAGGGCACACUCUCGCAGUGUACUGCUGCAGCUUUUCUUCAGACGGCGAGAGGUUUGUGACGUGCAGCCGAGACCGCUCUGUUAGGGUGUGGAACACAAUAGAUGGGAAAAAUGCCGUGAUGAAAGGCGGCCACAACGGCUACGUCCUUUCGUGCAAUUUUUCUCCAAAGGGCAACCUUGUGGUCUCCUCUGCAGACGAUCGCACCAUCAAGCUGUGGAGUACGAAAACAAAUUCUAAGACGAGCACCCUAAAAGGACAUGAGGACAAAGUGUACUGCGUCCAGUUCAACCCCACAGGUGAAUACGUGGUUUCUGGCAGUUGUGAUAACACCGUUCGUGUUUGGCGUGUAGACUCUUGUUCGAAAGUGGCCACAUUGAAGGGACACACAUUAGCGGUGUUUUCAUGCGGAUUCAGCAAUACCGGCACCGGCAAGUACGUCGUUUCGGGUAGCGAUGAUCACCUUGUAAAAAUUUGGGAUUGGGAGGAACGCAAAGAGGUGCGAACCCUAGUUGGGCAUGUCGGAACGGUUUGGUCCGUGAAGUUUUCCAAUAAUGAUGCCUACAUUAUCAGUACUUCCAUGGAUCACGAGCUGAAACUGUGGGUUGCUAAUACUGGAGCCUGCAUUCGUACCUUGGCCGCUCACAAGGCUCCGAUUCAUCAUGCUAUCUUUUCUGAAGAUGACAAAUACAUAUUUUCAUGUGCGCGGGACUGUGUGAUCAAGGCGUGGCGUGUCGAUAAUGGUGAGCAUGUUGCAACAGUUACGGGGCACCUUAAUACAGUAUAUCACAUUGAUAUCAAGGGUAAUAAAAUGCUUACUGCCUCUCUGGACAACACAUUGAAGCUGUGGACUAUCACAGAGAAGAGAUAA